UUUCUACAAAAUGCAGUGGUAGUUAAAUUUAUACAUACAGUUGUCAAUUCUGAAUUUUAAAUAAAAGUCAUGUAUCUAGGAUAAGACUCACCUCUGUGAAUAAAAAGAAGUUUUAUCGUGAAAUGUGAAUGUUGCGCAAUGGCAAAAUAAUUGUGUAAUCAAAAAUCAAAAGGCUGUGAAAGUACAUUGCGAGUCCUCGACGGAACGUUAACGACACAACAAUAAUGGGUAAACAAAAUAGCAAACUUAAACCUGAGGUACUAGAAGACCUUAAACAGAACACUGAAUUUUCAGAUGCGGAGAUACAAGAAUGGUACAAAGGUUUUUUGAAAGAUUGUCCCCGUGGUCAUCUAUCUGUAGAAGAAUUUAAGAAAAUAUACGGGAAUUUCUUUCCGUAUGGAGAUGCCAGUAAGUUCGCUGAACAUGUAUUUCGAACAUUCGACGCAAACGGGGACGGCACCAUAGACUUCCGGGAGUUCCUGUGUGCUCUGAGCGUGACUUCGCGCGGGAAGCUGGAACAGAAACUGAAAUGGGCUUUCUCCAUGUACGACCUUGAUGGCAAUGGUUACAUAUCACGGCAAGAAAUGCUCGAAAUUGUUACUGCAAUAUACAAAAUGGUUGGAUCUGUCAUGAAAAUGCCCGAAGAUGAAUCUACGCCGGAAAAGAGAACCGACAAAAUAUUCCGCCAGAUGGACAGAAACAAGGACGGUAAGCUAUCGCUCGAGGAGUUCAUCGAGGGUGCUAAGAGUGACCCUUCCAUCGUCCGACUGUUGCAGUGCGACCCUCAAUCUCAGUGAUACCCCAAAUACUAAAUGACCGCGGUCAAGCAACCAUAUUAACUGUAUCCAGAACUGGGAACGUUUUCAUUCAUUGUGCUUCUAAGAGCUAGUGCGCAGUUCUGGGUAAAAUUGCGAGUAAUCUAAAAUCACCGCAAUUAUCCUGCUGCUUGGCUGUCAUCUAAUUCUUCCUUUUUUGUGUUCUACGCAGCCUUUUCUAUCCAUAUCUUAACUAGUUAUCAUAUGAAUAUUGUAAUUUUGUAACGAUAUAUUUACUGUGAUUUGGAUUUGGCGCAAAAGCGUUUCGAUUCGACAUUUGUUAGGAUUUAAGCUUCCAGUAUUGUAUUCCAUAACGUUUACACCGACAUUAAGUUGCCGGGAGUACGCUUAGGUAAGAAUAAUUUAUUAAAACGAGUUUUAUUCGCUUUAUUAGACAUAUGAUUAUAUAAGUCCACUAAUGUUUAGGCCAUAGAAGCAAUGGGAUCAGGCGUGGAUCAGUGCGUUCGUUUGACGGCUUGUCGCUUUUGCGUUAUCUCUGAAUCGCUAUUUAUAUUCGUAUAUCAUGAUGUUUAUUAUUAAAUAAGGGUAUUGUAAGUGAACCGUCAACCAAAUGUGAUGGCGAAACGUAAAGCUUAUCUGAUUGAUAUCAAUUAUGACUUUUUCACCAAUUACUUAGUAGCUUUUGAAGCAUUGCGUUUCACAAAAUGGUAGGCAAAUGGCUGGUGCGUUUAUAUUGCAGCAGCUGGCGGUCAUUUCACUGUAAGUUUUAGUAUCGAAAAAUCGUGUGGCUGUAGUCUGAGAUGAUUAAUAACAACUAUCGACCAUUCUGAGAUCUUCCAAAGAAUCUCCAUUUUCAGCUUCAUAAACACAGGUUCCAACGAAUCUCGAUUUCUUCUAAUCUUCUGUCUAGUAUCUCAAAAUAUUAUUACCGCGAAUCUCAUCACUGUGUCUCCUCAGAUGAGUUUUACUAUUUACUCUUUCAUACAUCCAAAAUUACUAAUGGCUCCAAUAUUGAAGAGAUAACUUAUGCUUAUAUAUUAUUCCUUGAUAUAAGCUCUAACGACUAUCGCUUAUGACAACGAAACUAUACUUUAAAAUAAUAUUGAUUUGGCGUCUAGUUUACGAAGCUCCAUUAUUAGAUUCGUGUUGAUUUUGUAAUAAUUAUAAUGACAACUUAAAUUACAGCCACUAAUCGACUGAAAGUUACACUUGUGGCUAACUUAACACGUUUAUACUAAAUAAGAGAUUAAGUAAUAUUAGCUUAUUGUUUAUUUUAUUAGGUAUUUUACUAUAUAGUGCCUAGAUCUUACAGUAAAAGAUGCAGUUAAACUAGUCUUAUUCAUUCAUCUUUUAAUUUUUGGCGUCCAAUAUAUGUGUUUGAACGAUUUGUGCUUACUUUUAAAUACUUUUGUAUAGUUAAAGAAAUUUGGUUUGUUCCUUAAAUUGUUAUAUUAUUUAGAACAUGAACGUUUUGUCGUCCUUUUUAAUUAGCAAUAGGGUAUUACACUCGUAUUAUAUUGUUUUAUUCAAUGUAAUAAUGACUAGUGGCGUAGAUCACGCUUCUCCAGGCGGUUAUUUGACUGAGGCGAAGGAUUUACCUGAACUUUUCUAAUCCGUAAUGCUUCUUAUAGUGUUCUUCAGAUAGGAAGAGUACGGUGACGUUUGGGAUUUGCCGUUACUAGUGAUGUAGUAAAAAAAUGGAAUGAAUGAAACAAUCGAUAUAAUCGAUCUCAUCGAGAUCAUUAAUACUGAAGUAAAAUCAUUCUUUUUGGUGACAGUAAAUUAAAAAUAAUACAAAGUUAGGUUUUUAACUAUUUAUUUAUUAAUCAGACAAAAUAUCCUGAUCUUCUUCCGACGACGAAUCUGACGAAUCGUCACUGACGUGUAUUACCAUUUGUGAAUCAAUUGCACAGUCGAUUCUGAUGUCUCUUUCCCAGUCAUGUAGAAUAAGGUUAUUUGUUUUUUCAACAACCUUCUUCCAGUCUUAGGCAUGGAAGCAUAUUUACAUAAAUAUCAUAAUUGGGAGUAAUAAAUCUCUAAGUGGGCGGUACCCCUCAAGCAAUUACAACGUUAUCCCCCAUACAUUUUAUCGUAAAAUAAUACGAAACUUCAUAUGCGUGACACAGGUCAGCAUCUGUCACCUCACCCUUUCUAUCUGAAAAACAUUAUAUACGAGUAUUCUGACGCCCAGUGUUGUCAACUAUUGAACUGCCGCCAAGAAUUGAUGUAUACUGACGUCCAAUAUUGCCAACUUUUAAUUUGUCGCCGAGAUUCGAUAUCUACAGACGUUCAAGAUUGCUAACGUUUGCAUUGCGGCCAAGUUACGGUGUACACUGGCGUUCAAUAUUGCCAACUUAAGAGUUGCUGCCUAGUUUUAUAAAUAGUGACCUUUAAUAUUGCCAACUUAAGAGCUGCAACCUAGUUUAUAAGAAUAGUGACUAUUAUUCAGUUAUUAAUUUUAUUUUGGUGUGUUUGGAGUGUAAUACCCUAAUUUAAGAUACACUUAUGAACGUGAUAAAUAAACAUUAUACUCGUGUAUAUCGUAAAAGUCGCAAGAGGUAUUAAUCCUAAUAAGAUUGCGUAUCACGAGAAAAAAAACCUAAUAAGAAGUGGAAGUUGUUUUAUAUAUCAAAAUUUACCCGGGAUUCGGUAAAAAUUUCGAAAUAGAUUAUACCAUAACCAAAACUGACCGAUUAAAAGUUUGAUAUCACAUGAACAAUAGUAGUGUAUUGUAAUAAUAUUUUAAAUUUAAUUUCUGUUGUUAAAGACUUGUGGACGCGUGUUUGCAGACCAAUUUUCCCUCAGAACAUUCUUGAAUAGUUAGGUGCCUGCCUUGUUGCUAGAAAAACCAAACAAUAUCCUUUUUACUGUAUAGUUGUGUAAUUUCAAAAAUCAUUAUAUGGUUAAAUUACUCUUCAAAAUUAACUUAUUCCAAGUAGGCUUAGUUUCAAGCACUUUUGAAACGUCAGUUGAAUAUUUAUAAAGAUUCUAUCACCGGCUCGGAAGGCAGAUUCUGCUGAGGAGAACCGGCAAAAACUCAAUAAUUGCUCCUUUAUUUUACAAAAUCGGUUACAAAUAUAACACAAAUAUAUUGGCAACCACCACUUUUUUGAAAUCAUAAAAAAUUGCGAGGAUUUAUACUAACGGGAAUAAAAUGGUUUAGGGUUAAUGCCUCUAUAAUAAGAGUUAAAUGUUAAUUAAUAUUACGUUAUUAUAGAUCGCAUAAAGAUCGCGCCUUAGUAAAUGACAUUACCUAGGUAACCUUUGAAAUAAUUAUGUAUACCACGGACUUAUCGAGACGACAAUCGUUUAAUAAUUAUUAAUAAUCGAUAAUUAAUUAUUAUUAAUCGAUAAUCAUUCAAUAAUGGUAAAUCUAAAUGCGUCUAUUUUUGGUACCUGCCGCUUGUUUACUUGUGAGGAAGAACCAAACAAAUCAACCAAACUCAAAAUAGAAUGCAAUUUAGUUUUGCUUGUCAAACAGGUGUUUUGUAGUAAUCUUACGCUUGGAUAGAGAUAUUUAGAUUAGAGAUAUUAGACAGUGUCCGGUAUCAAAAUAUAAGUCCUUGGUCGAUGCAUUUGGAUAUGACGCGAUCUAUAAUAACAAGCCCAUUGUAUAUAUGUAAAUUAUUUUCGCUUUCACCUGAACACAACACGGACGUUCGUAAUAGUAAGGGAGCCCGGCAUGCUAAAUUUGCAGUUACUCGAGCGUCAUGAGGACUGAUUGCAUUUGAUAGAUUAAAUUAUAGGAAGAUUAAAUAGUUAUUUACUUUUUUCGCUUUUAAUGGUGGAAAAAAAAUCUACAGACUUUAAAAGCAAUUUUUAUUACUUUGGCUUACUGAUUGUCAGAAAAUUUAGCGAAGAGGUGAGGUAGCGCUUGUGACUCGAUAACAGAAAUAAAAGGGUUUCAUUUUGUAAUUUGGAACCCUCCCAUUCCAUUACGUUACGCUCAAAUCGAUUUUCGAAAUGCACACCUUUUAGCUAUCAACUCACCUACCUUAUCCUAAUCUGACGUGCUGGUUGAGUAUUUCCGAAUUUAGUUUUUUUUGUUUGCUCUAAAUAUACCCACCAAUAUUAUGGGCUCAUACUCAACAACGUGCAAGGUAUAGUCCCUUAUGUUUAUGUGUCGCGCUCGAGUAACUGCAAAUAUCCCCUCUUCGGCUCCCCUACUAUAAAAGUUAAAUCAUUUUAAAUACCUGAGAAGACUUGAAGUGGAAAGAAGUCUUGAAUAAUAUUGAUGAGUCAGUUCAAAUAAUUUACAUAUAUAGACUAGUUGGCAAGUGCUCUAAUAACAGAAUUAUUUUUACAUUGUUAAAAUUAUAUUUUAAGUAUUAAAAUUAAGAAUACCACGAAACACCAAAAUCGAUCGUCUUUAACGUUUAUCUAUAUGGCUGCUUCAAUUUAUAAGAAUAUAAAAACGACUUAAGUACAUUUUAUUAGGUAUAUAAUAUACUUAUGAUGUAGUAUUUACACAAUAAAUGAGUUUCCAGAUGGACAUCUUAUGGUUUCUGGCAGAGUUGCUAUAAAUUCUGUUCUUAUUAUGUAAAUGAAUAUAUAUUAUACUUAACAAUUUGUAAAUGAUUAAUUUCUGGCUCCUAUAUGAUGUACGAAUGCCUCGAAAACUCGUUCCAUUUGUUCUUAUGUUUGUUAAAUAUGUAAAACAAGGUUUUAAUUUUAUAACAUGUUGGAACAAAUAGUAGUAUACAGAUACUUUCAUGGCUUACAUGUAUUAUGAGAGACAGAUGAUAUAUUUGCACAAUGUCAUUACAAUUUACGCAACAAAACGAGGUUACGAGACGUCGAGACAGUCCUAAUUACUUUGUGUAGCUGAUAUUAUUAAGGUUUAGUUUGUAAUUGCAAAUUUUUAACAUUAAUUUUAGUCAUGAGUCAGUCUAAGUAUUAUUUUACAUUGUUAUUUUAAAAAUUUGUGAAAUUGUAAUAUUUGAAUCAUUAGUGUACAUUAUUAAUAUACCUAUAGGUUUAAGAGUCGACAAUUGUUCUACUUCGAAAGAGACCUUUACAUAAAUUAAGUCAUUCAAAUAAGACCAACACCAAUAACGCAAAAAGUUAUUUUAUAUUUUGCAAAAAUAUAUAUUGUUCAGUCAGAUUUUUAUCAUGAUAAUGCGCGGGCGUUAUCUCUUUAAUAUAUCUAAAAUUAUUGAAGGAUUAUCAUUUUUUUAAAAAGUGAAAAAGAAAGUAUGUUUUUUUAGAUUUUAGGUCAUUAUUCACAAAAGACAAAUACUAAUCCUACCUAAUGCGUGUGCGGACAAAUAGAAUGUUCUCCGCAAAGGUUCUAUACCAAACUGUCUAUACGUCAAAAGAGAAUAGUUACCUUUUAGACAUUUUUUUACAUUGUAGCACAAGGCUGGAUUGUAACUAAAGCUUAGCUUAAUUUGAGCAAGAGCUACACCGCCUUUAAAUAUACACGAAAAACAUGUGUGUUAAAAUAUAACAAUCCGGCUUAAACAACAAAGGGACGAUGACGUAAAUCCGCAUAUACUAUUAAAUAGGUUUUUAUUGAAAAGUCACCCAAUUAGGUAGUACCCUAAUAAAUUAUUGUGAGCGGCAAUACAUUUUCUAUACAAGCUCACUAAUUCUGAUUCAAAUGAAACGCGUAUCUUAAUGAUAUAUAUAAUUAGAUGAUAAUUUUAAAAAAUAAUUAGUUAAUUGCUAGAAAGUGUACAUGAUUUUUAAACUCUAGUUUAAUAAAAAAAGGUAAAGAUACAGUAUGCCCCAGUAGAUUAAAUAAUAAUAAAUAACUUUGAACCAAUUAUAUCAAGCGCGCUUAAAGUAAUAUUCGUGAUUUGAAUAAGUUUUAUAUGCCAUUUUGAAAAGGAAACUUAGAAAUUAAAAUAACACAUAAUUUGAUAUUAUAGUGUAAAGAACAACAGCAACAAUGCGUUUAUAAAGUAUCAAUAAGCAUGCAUUAAAAAGGACCUUAAACUUCAGUAUAAUACGAGGUCCGUUUUAUCUACAGACACAGUGCGUCACAGACAAGUAGGGUGGCAGACUGCCACAGGCACCAUCUAUUCACACUGUCCAGCUGGUAGCUAGAGACACUUAAAGUCCUUUUCAUGAAAAAGUCCCCCAGACGCGGUGCUAAUGUCUUAAUCUCAUAUAAAUAUGUUAAUAAAUACUGUAUUUAAGAAUGUUACUUUGUCUGCCACGGCACGUGUCUGGCACACUAAAUGUUAGUGGAUAUAAACGGAUCUCAACGUAAUAUAAACUUCAGUAGCGUAUUGCUACGCCAUAGAAGUGAUAACGAAAAUUGGUAGAAUAACCACAAACACAUUGGUAAAAAUUUUAUUAAAUUGCUUAAACUUAAUUAUUAUUUUAUGCUUCGUUACUAAACAAAAGGAUUAUCAGAGUUGCAUAUCGCUUUUUUUUCGAUAAAUUGACUUCGCUGAUGUUCUAAGUUGUUACUAUAUUUUCUUAGUAAUAGGAAAACUUUGAUUUUUAAUAAAUUUAUAAGUAUAACAAAAGUUGAUGGUAAAUAAUAAUAUUCAUGUCUGUCAAACCUGAUAAUUCUUUUGAUGAUUAGUAAUUUUUUGCAAUUUGUCGACUCGAUUGUUUUUUUUUUUCUUUUGAUUUACUGUAACAAUAACCGUUCUAUUGUAAUAUGUAUAAUAUUAUUGCAUUAAUAUUUAUUUUAUAUCACUAUUAUACUUGUAUAUAUAUCGUUAUUAUAAAGUAUAUAUAAUAUAUUUUCAAAAUAUCUUUUAUAAGUGUUCAGCUUCAUAGUUUCAUCACUUUAUUUAUUAAAUAUUUCUUUACAUUUUCAAUCUAACCGCUUUAUUUAAUAUAAUUAACAUAUUUUUUAAUCAUACUUGGGUGGUGGAAGAUGCCUUUAGUUUUUUUCUCUACCAGUAGUUAAAUAUUUAGUAUUUUGUUACUUAAUGUCAUUAAUUAUUUUAAAUAUGUUACACGUGAAAAGUUUCGUUUGAAGUGUUUAGUACCCGUGCUAUAUAAUUCAAACAAAUAAAACUAUUGCACAAUCUCCCGCCGCACAAUAUUAUUGUAUAUUAUUUAGGUUUAAAUUAAAAUAUAUAUUUUAUUUUAUGUAUAUUUUUACGUAAUUUCUAAAUUAUAUUAAUACUUGGAAUCAAUUUAUUCUCAGCUUCUAUAUUUUUAUUGAUUUGUUUAACGUACAACGCUAUCAUCUUUUUGGGAGUCUAUCUGCUUAGUGACGUGAAAGUAACUUUUAGGAAACAAAUAAGUGAUAUUUUAAUAAUUAUGGUAUCAUAUACAAAAUAAAUGCAUCUGACAAUUAAUAAUUUCAUAUUUUAAACCUAAAAGAAGAAUCUACUUCAAGGAUCAUUUAUGUGACUUAUCUAAGUAAGAAUAUUAGUCGUUUGAAAUUUGACUAGACCUAAAUCAAGCAAUAUAAUACUUUGUACUUUUAAGAUAUUUUCAUCGAUAUGAAUAAAUUAAGGUUUUUAAAAUUUAAAACAACAUAUUGGUAUAAUUUAAUCUUGAAAUUACGAAGACAAUUUUGCUAAAUAUGUAUUGUUUAAACCACUGCUCAGUAUUUUUUCCUUUAUAUUGAAAAGACGUCAUUAUGUCUAUACCUUACCUACGGGUAAAAAAACAUUGCACAUACCGAUCUUGAUACACUUAAUCUUUAAAAACAAAAUAUAUGCAAUGUAAUUAUUAUCUUACAAAGGCAAAUUUUUAAAUUACAAUUUAAAGCAAUGUUCAUAUUCUAAAAUUUUGAUGCUUAUUAUUAUAUUAUAUUUGUGAAGUUGUGAAAUGCGUUAUUGCAUAAAUUCUGUGAAAAGUGGCCAAUUGAUUGUAUUCAUAUAAUGCAACAUGAAUUCACAGUAUAUUUGUUAUCAUAAUAAGAAUUACAGUGGAUAAAUUAGCGUAUAAAAUAAUGAUCAUAUUCUAAAACCUUGACCUUAAAGCAAUACUUAAUAUUUAUGUAGUUUUGAAAUGCUGCUGUAUUAGUGUAACUUCUAUGAGAAGUUGUCGAGCGAUCUUAUUCAUAAAAUGAUGUCGCAGCCCCUAUAAUUAUUAUAAUAUUUAAUACUUAUAAUUAUCCAAUUAGUAUAAAAAAUGAUGUUCGUAUACAUUCUAAAAUCCAGAUACAAUAAAACUAGCACUUAAUAUUUGUGAAGUUAAACUCUGCUGUAUAAUGUAACUUCUGUGAUAAGUUGCCAACUGAUCUUAUUAAUAAAAUACACCAUGAUUUAACAGCAUGUAUAAUUAUUAUAGUAUCCGCAAUAAUUAAAAUGUUUAAAUUAGCGUAUAAAAUAAUGUGCAUAUACAUUCUAAAAUCCAGAUACAAUAAAACUAAUACAUAAUAUUUGUGAAGUUUUGAAAUGUUACUGUAUUGUGUACCUUUUGUGAAAAAAUGCACGUUCUUCAUAAUACACAGUUAUAUGACAGGUAGACAACUCGUCACAAAUGUUGUUGGCAGAAUAAUAACACGUAAUUUCUUAUGAUUUUAGAGUAUAAAUAUGUGAUAUACUAAUUAUUAUAAUAUCAACAAAUGUUUAAAAAGCAGGAAUAGAGGAAACGUAGGAACAACAAUGUAAUAAAUGAAACGUAUUUCUGAAUAUUGUAGUACUUAUCGUAAUUGGUGUUUAAGCCAAUUUUUAUUAUACUGUUAUAUCAACAUUUGAGCAAUUAUUUGUUUGUUAACAUAAUAUACUUAGGUAUUAUUAUAUUGAAACAGAUACGAGCAAUUUUUGAACGUACAAAAUUGAAAGGCCAUGCUAACGAACACAGCAAUACAAGACACAUUACAUUAGCGUAAGUUAGAAUAAGUAUAAUAUCGUAUGGCUUUGUAUUGUUAAAUAUUAUUAAGAUAAUGUUUAAUGGAAUCAAGCAAUGGGGCCAUCCGUAAGUUACGUCACAAGAACAAGAUAAAAUGUCAACAAAUUAUGACACUUUGUCACAAAGAGUCCUAAGUUUUUUGACAACAUGCUUAACAUAACGACAUUUUGAGUAAAGUCGAUUGAAGCGGUACAAAAAAUUAUAGAAUAGGUAUGAUAGGUAGAGUAAAAUUGCAAAAAAAUGUAAAGUGUAAUCCUCUAACAAGGUCAGGUUGCUGGAUUCUUGUAAUAAGUGUCUUGUAACCGAUACGGGAGAUUCUUGUAACGUAAUUUAUGGAAUAUAAACCAGCAUAUUCUAAAACUAUAAUAAGUAAUGUGUAUCUUAAAUUUAAAUCUUACGUCAUAACACCAACUGGAAUGCAAAUUUUUGAAUAAGAUAAAACUUAGCAAGUAAGGUUCUACAUUAUAUCUAUGAUCUAUGUUUAGGGUUAAAUCUAUUGUGUUCUUUACACAACGACAAAAAGUCAAUACUGUGGUCGCUGUACCAUCUUUACUAAUUCUAACAAAAACUGCAUUGUAAUACACUUUCGCGCAUGUCAAAUGUACACAUUUAUACAUAAAUAAUGUAUAAGUUUCUGUUCACGGAUUCGAGGGCUGUAUAAGGGGGUUAAUGAUCUUAAUUAAAAUAAGCUACUCUUAUAAUAAAGAAUAUUGUAGCAACUAGCAUGUAUAAAUGUACCCUUUUCAAAUUCCCGUUUUAUAUAUUAAAUUGUAAUAUAAAAUUCAAAGAAUAAUCAUUAAGUACCUAUUGGUAAUGUGGAACAUUUGAUUGAAAAAUCUUCUCUAUCUUUUAACUCUUCAAUUUUGAUUUAGUACUAUCCCGACUUCCCGACAACUAUUCUUUGUUUAAUGUGUCUGAUUGAUGUAGUUCUUUAUAUUGGGUUCUUCAGGGGCAGCGCGGACUAUGAAGUCGGCUGUGUUAUACGUUUACACCGUCUAAUGUUGAUAGUUACUGAGGCAAAUGCAUUGGUCCAUAAGCUCCAAAUUAGUCUCCUAGAGAUAGGCUGGUGUCCUACAGUAGUAGGACAUGAGUUAGUGUAGGUGAUGAAUAUAUAGGUUUGACAGAACCAGUCAAGAAAAGAAGUACUGAAUAUAAUAUUAGAUAGAUAGAUAGUCCGUGAACGUUAAAUCGCGAUCACUGUAUGGAAGGCAAUGUUAACAAGGAGAACUUGCGUUUGUGAUUUGGAAAUUUCAAUUUUAUAAAUUGUAUUUCUGGGAGAAGAUUCGCUAGACAAAUACGAACUCGUAGGUACGUUUAGUACAAAUGGAUACAGAGACUGUAAUUGUUAAUGAUUGUUGUUAAACAUCUUACUUUGCCCAGUGUAGACACAAAUAAAUUUAACCCGAUCUCUUUCUAAAUGAGCAGAAAACAGCGACUUUACUUUAAAAUCUUAUUAAUUUAUCAUUGUUAAGAUAGGGCUUUGAAUGUCAUUAAAUGUUUAACUACUCUCGAAACUGCUGCAAUAAAUAAAGUUCUAAAAGUCGAUGUUAUUAUGUAAAAGAGAUAAAUAUUUUAAUAGAUAAUUUUAACCGUGUAUCAAUUGUUAGGUGUUCGUAAAAAUUUUAUGAAAUUGUAGUGUCGAUUAUCAAGUGUACCUAUAGCAAAUUUUCUUCUAUCAACGAUAUUGAGAUGCUAAAUUUGAAUAUGUAAUUUGAGUUGUAUUUAAUAAUAUAUUUACAUUAUUUUAAGUUUUAAAUUAACGUAAACUUCAAUCAAAUUUAUUGGGAUUAAUUCCGAAUCUGUAGGAAAAUGUAACAAGCCAAAGGUUUUAACCAUAACCACAAAGUCCAACGGACGCGACGGGGUACGGACGACAACGCAACGUUGGCGCGAUGUGAACCAUUGUUAUAACUAGUCUUUCUGCUUUCUACCGCGCUUUCGUUUAUGUCGUGUGACGUUACCUUGCGUUACACACAUUAAGGUGUGAGUGCUGUCAACUCUUACAUUCAAGAACUAUUAUAUCCAAAAUAAACGUCUUAGGUAAAGGUAUAGAACUAAUAUAGAACGUAUAAAAGAACUUUACGCGCGACAGCUCCAUGUGCCUUGUUCUAUAUAUUAAUAACUAGUACAUAACAACUUAACAACACCUGCAAACGUCUUGUCGUCGUUCCAUCCGGUGUGUUUUAACUUUAGGGUGAGGCCAAACGAGCGUAAUUUUGUAAGUUUUCUUUUCUUUUUUUAAUUAAUGCUACAUUCGGUUUCAUACAAAAGUCCGAAAUUAUGCGAUUGACAACCCACUAAAUUACGCUCGUUUGGCUUUACCCUUAGUGGAAGGAAAGCAAAGGCAAUAGAACCAACAAAGUUGCUUAUCACUGAUUGUUUUUAAUUUUCAGAACAAGUUAGUUAUAAUAUCAUUAUCAAAUAGUUAACGACAUAACUAUUACUUUACCAUCUUCCAAUAAACAUCAACCAAUUAUUGAUUUUAUUCAAUAUUAAACUUCAUUUCAUUUAUUAAUAGUCACUAAACGCAUAACAACCUGAAUCUAUAAAACAGUCUUUAAUAUUGUGCGAAAACAUUUUAAUUUCGAGAAUGCUCACUAAGUACUCAAUAUAUGUGUAAUAAUUUAAAAAGAUCGUCUUGCAGAAUGUGUAAUUCUUAAUCAGAGGCUAGAUUAAGAUGCGUCAAGAUUUACUAUAAAAUUAUUUAGAUAAUUGGUACUUUUACAUAUCUUUUAUUCGUAACUCGUUGCUAGAAUAAUUAACUCGAAGCUACUUUUUCUAAAAUAAAAAUGAAAUUCUUUUAACGAUUAUCAAGCAGCGUGCAGAGAGAAUUUGCCUAGAAAAUACAUUGAAGCACGCCAUCUUUCUUAGCGUACCAUAUUCAUCAAAUAAAACAAUCUAACAUAUUAAUUCAAUCAUAUAACUUGCACCUAAUUCACAUUUGUGAUAGGGUAAGCAACCUAAAUCAUCAAAAGUUAGUUCAUAUCAAAUCUGCGUCGUUGUACCGACGAUAAGAUAAUAUUAUAUUUAGCGAAUAUUUUGUGUCGUUAAAAAUUUUAAAAUUUUGCGGGUCUUCCAUUAUUAUAAGCGAGUGUUAUUGGCCGUAUUUAUUUUAGUGAAUGACUCUUAUUUAGACAUCGCUAGAAUUUAAUGGGUGCGAGGUUUAUACAUUUACCCAAUUAGCUUUGCUUAUUCACUUAUUCUUCUUAACUAUAAUAUAAUAAUAUAUAGAAGAGUAAAUAUGAUAGUAUAUUGUAUCGUUUUAAUGUUUCUAAUAAUGGCCAAUGCUAUUCACGUAGGUAUAUAUAUUAUUUAUAGACAAACAGCUUGUUCUUUCCUAUAUUAUAUACUCUAAAAAUUGCAAUAUAUGAACUAUUAUAAUUAAAUCACUUUUAAAAUCCACGGUGCAUAUAAACGUUUUAUGUCAUUCUAUAAAGUUUCUUAGUAGGCAAACUAAUUAACCCUAACUACGUUUUGUAAGUAUCAAUAAUAGUGACUAGCAAUGUUAAAUAAUAAUAUUAUAUUAGUAUUAUGGUUUACACAUUUGCUUAGUUAGUAUCAUAUUACUUUGAAAUUCACGGUGCUAUUAACUCGUGUGCUUAAGCCGUAAUUAUAGCCACAUAUAUGACACACACAUAUACAAUAUACGUGUAUAAUAUAUGUGUAUAAUAUAUGAUAUCAUUAUAUUGUGUAUAAUAGUUACAUAGGUGCUUUAUACCCCACGUUUAGUUAUUUUACUGGCAAAGUAGUUGAUAGCAUAAUUAACAAUAAGUAAUAGAGUUGCUCCUUUUAAAUCAAGACGCUACUGCAAUAGUUACAAUUAAUAAACAAAUAUUAUAUAUUAACCAAUUAAUGGUAUGUGGCAGAGUAAUUUCAAAUGUAAUAAUUUAGAACUACUCUACUGUUGAAAAUUUCAUAUCACGAAGCUCAUUCAAAACAUUUUACAAAUAUGUACCUAAUAGCGGUUUUAGUAGUAAUUUUUAUAGGUAGAUCAUCUCGCUAAUUUAUUGAGCAAUAUUUUAAAAUAAAUGUUAAUAUUGUCUGAAUAAAACAAUAUAAUUAUCGUAUCAGGAAAAGUUACGGAAUACGGUUAUUCAUUCUUUAUUUUUGUGCUGGGGUGCGGCUUUGGUGGUAUUAUAAUUAAUUUGAUCUUAUUAAUUUCCCUUUUUUUUUGUUAAUAAAAACAAGCAUUUUACUAUAUUUAUUUGGUAUAGGUACACGAUAGUCAAAUGUGUUAUUACUACGUUGUACGGUAAUAGAGAUUUUCUUAGUCCCCCUCGUAGUAUUAUGUACGUUACUAAUUAAUGGAACUCUAAUGUCAGCAAUUCGAAUGUUCUCAGCCGCCAGCCUCUUGGACCAUGAAGUACUGUCUUAAAGGCAGCGGGUACAUGAUGUCUAUGUUACCUUCUAAUAGUAUUGUCUACUAUUGUAACCUUAUGCAUUAUCUACAUAUCAAUUCGCUUAUAUCUUAACAUGUUCUCGAUGUUAUGUGAUUUAUGCUAUUGAAUAUCAGCUUAUUAAUAUUUCAAUGUCAUUGUUGAAAUACGAUGUUUGUCUUUAAAUUAUAGCACCCUAGUCCUUGUAAAGGCUCGCGCACAUCGAGUCGGGGCGCGUUGCAAUGCUCAAAAAUAAGGCCCUUUAUAUGAAAUUAUAAAAGAUAUAUGAGAAGCGGAUUCUUGCAGUGCUACUUGUUGCGACGUUUCCCGUCUACGAGGCAUAGCCUAGAAACCUCCAUCGAUGUCACUUUGUGCCUAAAUAUGACAAGAUUUUACACCCAAUCUGCAGGUUCACUAGAGCCAGAAGAGACUAGAUAAUAAUAUUAUAUGCCUUAUUAUAUGUCAAUAAGUACAAAUAAUGUAAGAUAAAUUAAUAAACGCGAACAAUUUGCUUUCUGGCAGCCCGUAAUAGUUAUACGUGUUUUAUAAUACCUAUCAUUAAUAUUUUUCCAGUCAUUUGCUUUUCGAUAGUCACAUUGCCUGGGCUGUCAAAAUUUCUGGCUAACCUACGAGUGAUUAAAAAUAUUUAAACUGUGUAGUUAGAUACAUAUUUUAAAACAGGUUGUUCGUUUAAGUAUAUGACGAUCCAUCUACUUGAUUCUUGUUGACACUGCAGAUAGGAUGGAAAGUUAGAUGUCGAAAGACACAUGUUUGAUUCAAACAUGUUAGGUAUGAUAUCUUAAAAUUGUUCUGUAUAGUCAAUUUGUAAUUCCUAACAAUCUUUGAUUUAAUAUUGAUCUAGCUCUGGUACUGUUUUAGAUUAAAGUUAUUAUAUCUAUUUAUUAAAUCUUUCUUCUCUCA